UAUAAGAUCCCUCUACUCAAGCACUAUGACUAAAUUUAUAUACGUCUUUAUUCUCUUUCUUGUCAUGACUUUUGUCACUCACAUUGCUUAUGGUGGUAGCGAAGGAUCUCUUACACCAAAAGAAUGUCCAAGAAAAUGUGACUAUCGUUGUUCAAAGACUUGGGUUAAGAAGAGGUGUCUCACCUAUUGUAAUUUGUGUUGUGAAAAAUGUUUAUGUGUUCCGUCUGGAACUUACGGUAACAAGAAAGAAUGUCCAUGUUAUAACAACUGGAAAUCCAAAAAUGGAAAACCAAAGUGCCCUUGAUUCAA